AUGGAAGGAGAAAACACAUUGAUUGAAGAUGUGCCUAUAUUGGAAAUGGAGGAUGAUGACCAAAAUGAUGGAUCUGAUCUAGAUGAUUCAGAACAUGAAGACACAUCGGAUUACACUUCCGGCGAUUCCAAUAGCAAUACAGAGACUACAAAGAAAACAAGGAAGAGGGGAUUGAUUCGAUUGCCAAAGUUACAGACCGAACAUACAAAUUAUGGUGGAAGAAAAAAACGUGUAAAGUUUGAUGAAUUUGGAAGGUUUGCAGGGAAGUAUAGAUCACAGUUACCUAGUUAUCUGGGAGACUUAGUACGGGAAAGGGUAGGAGUUAGUGUUUUCAAUUGGAAGAAGGUAACAAAAGAAGUCAAAGAAAAACUAUGGGAAGAGAUAACGGAUACGUCGAGAAAGGCGAUAGUAGCGCGUUCGAAGUCAAAUUAUAAUCACCGGAUGGGACGAGGAGGAUAUACGGCUCUAAGAGAGAAACUGAUGGAACAUGAAAAACAAAUCAAAGAUGGAGAUGUGAAGCUUGAUCCUGGGAUGGAUGCCAUGACACUAGUCUUUGGCAAGGAAAAUGGUGGAUUCUUAGAAGGGGUUGGCACAGGAGUGACUGCUAACAGAUAUUUCCACAUUCCUAGAACCAAAGGAUCUUCAAAAGAACAAAUUGCGGACCUAAAGUUUGAACUAUAG